AUGUCCACAUUACAGAACUUACAGUCUCAAUCACAGCCUCUCCCCCCAAUCAGCAGCCACUGCUCAUUUUCCGGCCAGCCGCCUCCGCCACCACCCGCCGGCGACUUCCCAAUGCUGGCGGUGGCAGUACUCGGCAUAACCACCACCGCCUUCCUCCUCGUCGCCUACUACAUUUUCGUCACCAACUGCUGCUUCCGCUUCCGGUGGCAGCCGGCCCCCACUUUCCGGCGAGCCCCUCCGGCAACCCGCGAAUCCCUAACUUCCCCUUCCCCCACAUGGCCCAACCGAGGGCUCGACGAGCUCCUCAUCCGCAACAUCCCCACCGUCCGUUACACCCCACACCAACUAUCCAUCAACUCGUCCAAAUGCGUCGUCUGCCUGAACGAGUUUCAGAAUCAAGAAACGCUUCGCGUCUUACCUAAAUGCGGCCACGCUUUCCAUCUCGACUGCAUCGACAUAUGGCUCGUGAGUAGCGCCAGCUGCCCGCUUUGCAGGUCGGCUAUUUCGGGCCGGAACAGGUAUUAUCGGGCCGGGCCCGAGACUAUCGUGGCCCCAACUUCCUCACCGCAGGACUUCAAUCCAGAUAAUGAUUUACUGGAAAUCGUGAUAGGCAGCCCGCAAGAGGGGACUAAUCCGCAGAGGAAAGUUAUUCGUGGGGUUUCGGUUAUGGGAGAUGAAGGGAUUGAUGUGAGGGUGAAUGAGCCGAUCAGGCGGUCAUUCUCGAUGGAUUCUGCCACGGACCCGAGAGUUUAUUUGUCCAUACAAGAGAUUUUACGGGAGAUUGAGCGGGAAAGUGGGAGCAGAAGCCGGAGGUCGAUCUUUUCGUUCGGCGGGCAGGGGAGGGGAGCAAGAAGUGCUGUUCUUCCUGUUUGA